AUGAUUAGCAAUCGGUCACUUCGGCAUCAUUACGUCUAUAUUCCUGAGUCAUCGUCUAAAUUUUAUACACGACCACCGGAACCACCUACAUAUUUACAUGGAAACGCGCGACGUAAUUAUGGAGCAGCCACAAAUCGUGCCGUCAAUAAUGAAUAUAAACGUCGCAAAUUUCCCCCUUUAGAAAUUCCAAAAUUGAAUUAUGACAUAGUCUUCGUUCAUCGUGAAACACCUAUCAGACGUCUCGAUGAAUUAAUCAAAC